CCCCGCCCGCCCGCGGCCCAGGCCCCACCGGAGCGGCGGCUGAGGAGGCCGGACUGAACGCGGUCCCUCCGCAGCGCCCGGCCGCCGCCGCCCCCCGCCGCCGCCGCCGCCAUGAGCGGUUCGUCGGGCACUCCGUACCUGGGCAGCAAGAUCAGCCUCAUCUCCAAGGCGCAGAUCCGCUACGAGGGCAUCCUCUACACCAUCGACACCGACAACUCCACGGUGGCGCUCGCCAAAGUGAGGUCCUUUGGUACUGAAGACCGCCCCACAGAUAGGCCUGCCCCUCCAAGGGAAGAAAUUUAUGAGUACAUCAUUUUCCGGGGAAGUGAUAUCAAAGAUAUUACUGUAUGUGAACCUCCAAAAGCUCAGCAUACUCUCCCUCAGGACCCUGCUAUUGUCCAAUCUUCCCUGGGCUCUGCCUCUUCGUCGUCUUUCCAACCACACGUGCCUUACAGCCCCUUUAGAGGUAUGCCAUCCUACAGCCAGCUUGCUGCCAGCUCCUUACUCAGCCAACAAUAUGCAGCUACAUUAGGUUUAGAGAAGUUGGUAAGCCCUCCAGCCUCAGCUGCUGCUUCAAGCCCUAGCUCUUCUCCAUCUCCACAGCCAGUUUCAGAGCUUGACAUGUCCUCAGAGCCACAUCAGCUCUCUUCCAAGGGAAGCGGCUUCUCAUCCAUCCCAGUCCGCAAAAGUCCUAUGGUUGAGCAGGCUGUCCAGACCAGUUCUGUCGAUAACCUAAAUGCCAAAAAGCUCUUACCCAGCAAGGGGGCUUCAGGGAUCCAGCGAAACGGUCGGCAGGUCCAGCCAAGCAACAAGGCCAGUGAUGUAGUUCAGCCCACACCUGUGCAAAGUCAAGGGCAGGUGAAUGACGAGAACAGAAGACCUCAGAGGAGGAGAUCAGGGAAUAGGCGGACAAGGAAUCGUUCCAGAGGUCAAAGCCGCCCAACCAAUGUCAAGGAAAACACAAUUAAAUUUGAAGGUGACUUUGAUUUUGAAAGUGCAAAUGCACAGUUCAACAGAGAGGAACUCGACAAGGAAUUUAAGAAGAAACUGAAUUUCAAAGAUGACCAAGCUGAGCGAGGAGAAGAAAAGGGAGACGCUGCUGUGGUCACUCAGAACAGUGAUGGUACCGCAGAGGAGGAUCUCCUGGGACCCAAUUGCUAUUACGAUAAAUCAAAGUCUUUCUUUGAUAACAUCUCUUCGGAACUGAAGUCCAGUUCUAGGCGAACGACGUGGGCCGAAGAAAGGAAGCUCAACACGGAGACCUUUGGCGUGUCGGGACGAUUUCUUCGGGGCCGCAGCUUCCGCGGUGGAUUUCGGGGGGGAAGAGGCAAUGGCGCAGCCCGGCGGAACCAAACAUCCCACAGAGCUGGCACUGGCAGAGUGUAAAUUCUAGACUCUCAACUAAGUAGCAUGGAGGUGGCGCUGAGUAUAUAAGAAAACAUUGAAGAUGCUGCACUUAAUGUGGGGAGAAAAUGGGUCACUUUGUUUACUACACUUGAAAAAUCCCACAGUACUACUUAUAUUUUUGGACUUCAGCUGAACUUGGAUCCGAGUCCGAGUUAAAACCACUUGUUUUUUGGAAGUGUUCAUGGGUAACCUCUUUGAGGUGUCUUGAUCUUUUUUGUUUCACUUUAUUUUUAGGCACAGUCCAACGUUCUCUUGGUCUCCUUUUCAGAAGGUUUUCUGUCCAGGAAAGCUUUUCUGGGUUUUUUUUUUUUUCCCCUUCUUCCUCUUCCCCCUCCAUCCCCCCCCAAGAGAUCAAAGUAGCUUUGACUCUUUAAAAUGGAACCAAAUAUCAUCCCCAAACAAGCCAAUUGACGACUUUGAGUAACCAAACUGACCCUUUGGUGCUGUGCUGCUGGUGUGCCCUUCCCACGUGUUUCGGCAACUCCGGUCCUGGAGAGCCGGGGGGUCCCUAGCGCUAAACGGCCCCAGAGAGCUGGGGAGUGGGGUGGAGGGUGGGAUGGGGGAGGGAGGUCAUGUUGAUAUUGAUGUUAUUGAAGAAGCCAGAGGUGUCUGACACUCACACUGUCCGAAGGGCAAAGGGGAGGGCCCUUUCUCUGAGAAUGGGAGGACCGGAGACCUCCCUCACUUCCCCCCCCGUGUCCGGUACACCCUGCAGGUCCGUCACAGGUGACCCUCUGGACGCUCUUCUUCACUUAGGAAUAGGGUGCCGACUUGCUCUUAAAUGGAAGUCAGAUCGACAGAAGGGCGCGUUUCCCUCUACGUGUAAAUAGUCCCAGUGUUUUUUGUUUUUUUUCUCUUUUCUUUUCUGUUUUAAAAGGUGGGGCAGGGGGUGGGUGGGGAAUAUAAGCUUGUUGCAUGAGUAAGUGGUUUAAAAAUCCUUAGUUAGAGGCAUGUGUCGUCCCCCCCCCCCCCCCCCCCCCGUCUGUUUAAAUGGGGCAUUUUGUUGAAAUAAGCACCUUGGUAACUGAAAACCCCCUCAAAAUAGCUAUGAAGAUUUUUAGUUCUGCAUCGACUAAGUUACUGUAAAAGCUUGGAUUUAUUUUUGUAGGAUUUAAUUGUUAAGGAUUAGGACACGGCAUCGGGGCUGCUUUGUUUGAAGUAAUGUAAAUUGUAAUUAUAAAUAAACAUGCAAACAUUUAA